CCUUCAGAAGCCUGACGUGCGGCUCUCCAGAGGCAGCCUCGAUCGAGAAGACGGGAGCCUCCAGGGUCCGGCCUCUAACCAGCAUAUUUAUCAGCCUGUGGGUAAACCAGAUCAUUCUGCCCCACCAAAGAAACCGCCUCGCCCCGGAGCUCCUGGCCACCUGGGUAGCCUCGCCAGCCUCAACAGCCCCGUGGACAGCUACAAUGAGGGGGUCAAGCCAUGGCGGAUUCAGCCUCAAGAGAUCAGCCCUCCCCCAACGGCCAACUUGGAUCGGUCCAAUGACAAGGUGUACGAGAACGUCACUGGCCUGGUGAAGGCGGUCAUCGAGAUGUCCAGCAAGAUCCAGCCAGCUCCACCAGAGGAGUACGUCCCCAUGGUGAAGGAGGUUGGUUUAGCGCUAAGAACUCUGCUGGCAACUGUAGAUGAGACCAUCCCAGUACUCCCAACUAGUACUCACAGGGAGAUUGAGAUGGCUCAGAAGCUCUUGAACUCAGACCUGGCUGAACUCAUCAACAAGAUGAAGCUGGCUCAGCAGUACGUCAUGACCAGCCUGCAGCAGGAGUACAAAAAGCAGAUGCUCACAGCGGCUCACGCUCUGGCCGUGGAUGCCAAAAACUUGCUGGAUGUUAUCGACCAGGCCAGGCUAAAAUCCAUCGGCCAGUCCAGGCCCCACUAGAGGCGGAGGCGUCUGCGUCGCGUGCUUGAGAAAGAGGCGCCCUCGCCAGGAGAGCCACCAUCCGGCAGAAACGAGGGGUGGUCUCUGCGUGGUCCUGGGUUCCGAGCAAUUCCCAUCCUGCUUAACUGAACGGCACACCUGUCGGCUCUCUUCUCUUUUCCUCAUACUUUUAAAGCAAGGGUUUGUUUUAAAAUAAUCCACAAUGCCAAGGAAGGUCUGAGAUCCAGAAAAAAUUAAAAAAGCAGUUUUCACGGAACUCUGUACGGACGCCUGAACGGUGGAAACCAAUUUGAAAUGUUUUUGCAUCACAUGGAAUGUGAAUCACUUAAAUUUCUUUGUAAAAGAAAAAGAGAAAAAGCCUCAGAUCUAGAACGACCCAAGCGGCAGAGCUGAGCUAGAUAUUGUGAAGAAUUCUGGGAAACCUCAGGGCUGAGAAUUCUUGCCUGCAAUAUAUGCGGACUGUCCAUACUGGAAUACUUUUUUUAUUAGAACACUUAAUGCCACAAAAAAAUGCUAAUCACAAUUUACAGAGAAAGAAGAUUAAAAAAAAAAGCUAUAUUUUCAAAGCGUCAGUCAUCAACUAAAGUCCUCUUCAUCUGUUUCCCUCCCCGCCCAUUUCAUGUGGAUGUGUGAACCAUUGGGUCAGAACCGUAGCCAUAGAAACAGAGAACUUGGUCUCUCUUCAACCAGAAUAACGUGCCAGUUUUUGUAGCAUUGUUAUUUUUCCUUGGAAGCAAAAAACAAACAAACAGAAAAGCUGCUUUGUACCAGAGCAACUCAAGAGCUGCAUUUAGAAGGAAAAGAAAGUUCUGUAACCAUACAUGUUCCCCAUUUUUAUAUAAUUUAUAAA